UGGAGUAUCACCCCUAGCUGACAUGGACAUUUCUUGCUUCGUCGAUCUAUUGUCUGUCUAUUUUCAGCCGUAGAUAUUUACGUUAAAAAAGCUUGUGGGCACCGAAAUUCCGGGGAGAAUUUAUAUUUUUAUGAACCAAAAUCUCCCACUCCGUUGAGCUUCUUUCCUUUCACCACCGGAAUAUUCCGUCGUCGGCGAAGAACCUUCCUGUCCUCUCGGCUGCUUGGAUUUGUGAUCGUUCUCCCAUACUUGCUCAGUUCUCACUGGAAUUGCUUCAUUUUAGUCCAACGUUUCUCCUUUGCUAUGUGAGUUGCUUGUUGGCGUCGACGCAAAUUUGCUGAAUUUGAGAUGGUUUUUCAUUAUCCGGUGGCAUUAGCAUGUUGUCGCCAUACUAUGCUGUCUAGCAGCGGCUCCAUGUACUUAUGACUCGUGAUAGAAUUACACUAUAUAACUCUUACGGUUUCUAUUGCUACAUCAAAAUUCAAAUGAUACGUUUUCACUUCCUUAGGCUUUUGAUUUCUUCGUAUUUUGAUAUUUUUGUACUUAGCGUUAAUUUCAUGGGAUUGAUUGUUCAGCGCUUGUAUAACUUUGGUAGUAAAUAUUUGGAUCACAGUUUUGGCAUGGGAUUGGUGUCUGUUUCUAGUUCUGCUGCACGAACUCCCUUGGAAGUAGGUGCAAAAUAUUUGGCUCGUGAAUCUUUAUCUAGAAGACCAAUUGUAUUAUCAUUUCAAAAGGAUAAAACUAAGAAUUUAGCUCUAAUUGCGCCUAAAGAAUCUAUAGCUUUACCUUUGGAGACAAAUAAAGGAAACCAAAAGAGGUUAAGGAAGGGGAAAAAGCGGCCAGAACCAGUAAAUGUGGUUUUAACAGACCAAGCAUCUCCGAGUACAUCAGAUUUGGAUUACAAUGAAGCUGCUGCAAAGCUGGAACAUAUAUUUAAACAUAGUCCUACAAAGGCUAUAUCUGUUGAUGAGGUGAAAGAUCGUAGGAUAAAGAGAAGGCAGCCACCAAGGAAAAGAACUGGAGAAACUGUGGAGACGGAGAGAAAAACUGCUGACAGUGUUGUAAGGAAUCAAAAGAAGAAGGAGAGUAGGUUGACUCUUGAAAAGAGGAUUGCUCUCAGGACGAAGAAAGCAGGUGAAUCUGUUGCGUCAUCUCAGAAAAUAAAACACGGAAACCAUGACGAAGUUGAGAAGACUAAUAGGCUUGUUAGGGACUAUUCAGCUUCCUCUGACUUGGUUAGCUUAGAUUGGAAGAAAAUGAAGAUCCCUCCAGUUCUCCCGUCAUCCGAGCAUGCCUGGCUGUUUAAGCUGAUGCAACCUAUGAAGGAAAUCCUUCAAUUAAAGGCAAGUGUACAGAAUGAUUUAGGAAAAGAGCUGACAGAUGGUGAGUUAGCAAAUGCAACAAAUGUGAGUACUGUUCAGCUGAGGAAACAAUUGGAGGUUGGUCGAGCUGCCAGAAACAAAUUGAUCAAGCACAACCUGCGACUGGUCUUGUUCGUCAUGAAUAAGUAUUUUCAAGACUUUGCAAGUGGCCCAAGGUUCCAGGACUUGUGUCAAGCUGGUGUAAAGGGUCUUAUUACAGGCAUUGACCGCUUUGAGCCAAAAAGGAAGUUCCAGCUCUCAACAUAUAGCCUCUUUUGGAUCAGGCACGCCAUUAUUCGUUCUAUGACACUUUCAAGUUUCACAAAGGUGUCGUUUGGCCUUGAGUCGGUCCGAGCUGAUAUUCAAAGGGCCAAGCUAGAGUUGUUGUUUGAACUUCAGAGAUUGCCAACUGAUGGAGAAAUUAUAGAUCGAGUUGGGAUCUCCGCAGAAAGAUUCCAUGAAGUAAUGAGGGUAGCAAAGCCUAUCCUUUCACUGCAUGCAAAGCAUGCAGUUACCCAGGAAGAGCUCAUCAAUGGAAUCAAAGAUGUAGAUGGUGUUGAGGGAGACAAAAGAAGGCAACCUGCACUUCUCAGACUUGCUCUAGAUGAUGUGCUUGAUUCUCUGAAGCCCAAGGAGAGUUUGGUGAUCAGACAACGGUAUGGGCUUGAUGGUAAAGGAGAUAGAACACUAGGAGAAAUUGCAGGAAAUCUCAACAUUUCCAGGGAAAUGGUUAGGAAGCAUGAAGUGAAGUCUCUCAUGAAGCUCAAGCAUCCAGCUCGAGUUGAUUACCUUCGUCGCUACAUUUUCUGAACUGAAUGUUGCUUCUGCAUACACCAAACAUCGUCUAGAAAUCGUGUGUACCAUAGUUUAGCAUUACUUGCACAUAAGUAUCAGUUGACAUGUAUAACCCAUUUUUCUGAAGGCAUAUUUGCCUCAGAGUUUUCAUCUUCAAUUUUCUGUGUUGCGUUUACUCACGUGAUAUAGAAAGAGAUAAAUGAAAGAAUAUUUCAAUCUCGUGCAUUCAA